CACACAAACAAACAUACAUUAAGCCAACGGAAAGAAGGAAAAGAAACACGAAAUGGUGUCCAUGAGGGCCCUUUGCUAUCUUCUAGUAUUUUUCAUCUUGCAAUUACAUGCUGAAGUCUCCCAUGCAAACUUUGGUAGACAAGUUCCACAAGCGGCGAAGAAUGGUGGGCUUGGAGCAAGCACUAGUACUCAGACUGCCAGCAAGGCUAUUGAAAAUGUAAUCGGAAACCGAAAGGCGUUGAAGUAUGGAAAUAUGAAGGGCGAGGCAAAUGAAAUUAACAGUUUGGCGAUAGAGAGUAAAGAAACGGUAAGGAAAAGAAAGAGCAAGAAGAGGCUCACCAAAACGGUGAGUUUAACGGCCGAUUACAGCGACCCUGGUCAUCAUCCUCCUAGGCAUAACUAA